UGUUCUCACUUCAGUAGUUUCUGCUCUUUGAUGACCCGUUGUUAAUUUAUUUUCAGCUAAACAAAAGGUUUUGUUAAGGCGCCCGGCCGUUAAGGUCGACAUGAACGCUGAGAGGAUUAAGUCCUUUGUUUUGCUGUUAUCUUAAGUUAGCGACUCGCUCUCGGAGAAGGAAAGCAGAUCCAAGGGACUUUACUUUAUUCGUGUGAAAUCUGUGGCACCGUGGCUGCAUGCGUUAUGUUUAUGCACAUGAAGGAAGAGAAGGUAAAGAAUGUUAUGCUGAAAGCGCAGUGUUUGCUCCGGAGGGUGAUCAAGAAGCUUGAAAUGUCCGUCGUGUCAAACUGCCUCGAGUGCAUCAAAAUGGGAAGAGGCAGCAGGAUGGAGUCAUCAUGUCUGGACCUGGCUCUGGAGGGUGAACGUCUCUGUAAGGCUGGUGACUAUCACGCUGGUGUGUCUUUCCUUGAGUCUGCCAUCCAGGUUGGAACUGAGGACCUCCAAAUCCUCAGCGCCAUCUACAGCCAGCUGGGAAAUGCCUACUUUCACCUUCAGGAGUAUAACAAAGCUUUGGAGUAUCAUCGGCAUGACCUUACACUUACCAGAACGAUUGGGGACGAAGUUGGCGAGGCCAAAGCCAGCGGUAACCUUGGGAACACGUUAAAGCUUUUAGGACGGUAUGAUGAAGCAGUGGUUUGUUGCCAAAGACACUUGGAUAUCACAAGAGCCAUAUAUGACAAGGUUGGGCAGGCUCGAGCGCUGUAUAAUUUCGGAAACGUUUACCACGCCAAGGGCAAGAGCAUCUGCUGGACUGGAGCAGAGCCAGGAGAGUUUCCAGAAGAGGCCAGGAUAGCCCUGAGGAAAGCUGCAGAGUACUAUGAGGCAAACCUGGCUGUGGUGAAAGAGUUAGGUGACCGGGCGGCCCAGGGUCGAACCUAUGGGAACCUCGGCAACACUUACUAUCUCCUGCGAGACUUUGAAACUGCAGUAGCUGCACAUGAAAAGCGGCUACUCAUUGCUAAAGAGUUUGGAGAUAGGUCUGCGGAGAGGAGGGCCCACUGCAACCUUGGCAAUGCUUACAUAUUCCUCAGCCAGUUUGACGUGGCGGCCGGUCAUUACAAGAGGACUCUGCAGCUGGCCAGGCUUUUGAAGGACAGAGCAGUGGAGGCUCAGGCCUGUUACAGCCUGGGCAACACAUACACUCUGCUGCGGGACUAUGAGAGGGCCAUUGAUUAUCACCUCAAACAUCUGGUCAUCGCUCAGGCCCUCAACGACCGAGUUGGUGAAGGAAGAGCGUACUGGAGUCUAGGAAAUGCCCACACUGCCCUGGGGAAUCAUGAGCAAGCCAUGGACUUUGCAGAGAAACAUCUGGAAAUUGCCAAAGAGACUCGAGAUAAAAGUGGCGAGGCGACGGCCAGGAUGAACUUGUCGGACCUGCGGCUGGUUGUUGGCCUAAAGACAAACUCCAACAUCAAUCCUAAUGUCUUCUGCAACACCAAUACCAACAGCUCUCCAAUGACAGUGAGGUACCAGGGUUACCCCAUCCUGUCAGAGGGCAAGUCUCCAAGGACGAGAGGUAGUAGUGGAGAAAACCCAGAACUGACUCCAGGCGCUGACAAAAAUCAAAGUAUAGAGUUGCCAGCACAACCAGACUGGGAGGAAGACGCAUUCCCCGGGUCUUCAAAAAACAACACGAUAAAGGCCUCAACUAAGCUUUUCCUGUGGCUGAAAAGCAAACAGAAGAACCACAAAUCCACUCCCAAAGACCAGCACGAAAACAUCAGCGAGCACACAGCUCCCGAGUCUCACGCUCCCGUGUCUCCCAAGCUAGGUUCACGGGACACUGUUGGCGAGGACGGCUUUUUCGACCUCCUCUCUCGUUUCCAGGGCAACAGAAUGGACGACCAAAGGUGCUCUCUACUGGAUGGCCCGAGCCAUCUCCCCGCCCACCCCUCUCCCUCCUCCACCCUACCUGUAGCUGAAAGGAAACCUAUUUCAGAUUGCAAUACACCAUUCCAGGAUCCCGGUCAUUUCCUGGAGCUGCUGGCCAGCUCCCAGGCCCGUCGUCUGGACGACCAACGAGUCAGCAUGAGCCAUUUUCCUGGCUUACGUCUCAACACCUCCAGCCCGCCUCAUAUACCCUCCACCUCCAGCACAAAUCAAACCCCGUUGCAAGCCCCCAUCUCCACAACAGAUACACCUCACACACACUCCCUCUACGAUCGCCUCGAGGCCAGUGCUGAUCAGCCGGAGGGGGACGAGGUUUUCUUCGACAUGUUAGUGAAGUGCCAGGGCUCCAGACUGAACGACCAGAGGUGCGCUGCUCCAACUUCCUCAGCUAAAGGACCGACUGUUCCAGACGAGGACUUUUUCAGCCUCAUCCUUCGUUCCCAAUCCAACAGGAUGGAGGAGCAGCGGGUUCCUCCUCCUGGAGUCGCACAGUCCAAACCGGGCUGACGCCGUGGAGCUAUUUGUCACUUUAUCUCAGGAUAACCAAUGAAGUAACCAAACUUCUUAGUUUUAAUUAACAGUUUGUGUUUUUGGGACCCACACUUCUGAACCGUCCUGGCAAGAAGAGAUGAGAAGCUACAAGGAAGAAGGGUCUGGAAUACAAAACUGUCUUUGUCAAAUCAUGGGAAAUUUAUGAUUUUAACUUGUUUUUAGAUUUUUUUUUUUUUUUCCUUUUUAUGAGACAACUCUGCACCAGUGACCUCUGCCUUCUCUGGAGGCUUGCAUCCAGUCACUCAUACAAAUCGUGGAUAAAAGACUAGAGGUGAAAACCAAAGAGAUGUCUGCUUGAUCGUGAUGGAUUAGAUGCAUUUCAUGAACACAAGGGUCUGACGAUGAGCAAACUGGAGCAGUGCAUAUUAGUUUGAACUGCUCCCAGACCUCUCCAGCAGGAGGUGGAGUUUUGAAAUCCCUUCUGGGGAAAUAAAAGCCCACUGCUAAGCUGGUGACCAGUGGAGCCAUUUACAGUAUCUGCCUCCAGACAGUGAUUUUGAAGACUUUAAGACAGUGUUAAAUGUCGUUUGUGUGUUGUCCACAAACCGAAAUGGGAUUUUUUCUGCAUUGUGUUAAUUCGCUAGUGCAAGGGAGAGAAAAAAAUAAUGUAAUUUUAGCUUUUAUACCAAUAACAUCUCCUGACAAUGGAGAAAUAAAAUCUCAUUUAAUUUA